GGACGAUCUUCUUCCAUAGACGAUCUUCUUCCCAGUUCCCACCACAAUCCCACCCAAGCCCCAGGGGUCAAUUUCACUAUUUCAGUGCUCGUGUUCGCGUAAGAUUACAGUACAUAGAAAACUCGGUGGCCAAAAGCAGAGUUCUUCAGUGAAAUGGGGCUCCGCCGGGUUGCAUUUGCAGUAGUGGUGGUGAUGUGAUGCGAGCCAAGGAGAACUAAGUACUGCUAAAUGUCGUCCGAAUUGAUGGGAAAACCAAAAGUACACUGGACUCCUGAAGUCCAUAGAGUAUUCGUGGAUGCUUGUCUGGAUCAGACUUUGAAGGGUAAUAGACCCUCUACGUGUUUCACCAAGUAUGGAUGGGAGUAUAUAUUACAGGCAUUGAACAGAAUAGAUGGGUUGCAUAUUGACAAGAAGCAGUUGACAAACCACUGGGAUAUCACAAAGGAGCAUUGGAAAACCUGGUGCAAGUUAGUUAACACUAGAAUGAUGAAAUGGAACCCUGAAACUGGUUCGUUCGGGGCAACUGAUGCAGAUUGGAGCUACUAUUUGAGGGUGCACCCUGAAGCUGGAAUAUUUCGGUUCAAACCACUUCAACAUCGGGAAAAGCUGGAAAUCGUCUUUGAUUUUAUGAACCUGGAAGAUGGUAGGGAAACUCUGUCUCUAGAAUGUCCAGAGGAUGUGAAAACCAACCACCUCUUUGAAGAUGCUUCGGAUAGUGGUUUUGCUUUUUACUAUAACGAUGGAAGGGCAACUGCAGCAAGUGAACAGAGCAUGUCUGGCAGUACCUCAGUUAGAUCAAGAAAGCCACACUUCUCCUGGACUUCUUCUGAAGAAUCCCACAGAACUUUCAUUGAUCUGUGUUUGGAGCAAGUUUCGGUUGGUAAUAAACGUGGAUCUCAUUUGUCCAAGGAGGGAUGGAUAAACCUUAUUGAUUCAUUCUACACAAGGACUGGUGUCAUGCUAAACAAGGUCCAGUUCAAGAACCAUUGGGAUUCUGUGAAGAAGCAGUGGAGGAUUUGGUCUAAGCUGGUUGCCACUAGUUACAUGAAAUGGGAUCCAGUUGCCCAGAAAUUUGGUGCUACUGAAAGGGAAUGGAAUAACUAUAUCCAUGAAUACCCAGAAGCUGCCCAAUUUCGGCUCAAAGUACUCCAAUUUGCUGACAAAUUAGACCUACUCUUCGAGGGAACAACAGUUGUUGAAGACUACAAUGUUGAACCACUUAGUCAGCGCAGAAGGCUCGACCAUGAUGAUCCAACGAGAAAAUACGGCGAAUCAAGUCCACUUAUAAUGCAGCAAUAUGAUGUAGGUUUUGUGAAAACUCAGACAGCAGAAUCCAGACCAAGUUACAGCAUUGGAGACUGCAUUGAACGUCUCGAUGGGAUGAAAGAGAUAGAGCAAGGGAGUGAACUCUAUUUAUUCGCAUUGGAUAUGUUCAUGAAGAAAGAGUACAGAGAAAUCUUUCUUGAGUUGAAAAACCCUAGUGUUCGGAUUGCGUGGUUGAGGAGGCUGGUGCUACGAGCUCGUUCUUUUCACCAUUAG